GGGCUGUACACUUCGACAUGAGCAGUGUGGCCGUGACGACGUUGUCCCUGCUGGUGGCUUGUGUGUUGACAAAGACGUCAUGCCAAGUCCCAACACGUUACUGUCUUCCCAACGGUGACGUCGUCCCUGACGUUGAUGCUUUAAACGCAAGUUACAAGUGUGCGGAGCUGAACCCAAGGGACUAUAUUCUUCCGCGGAUUGACCCAGGACAGGUUGGAGACACAACAGAAAUACGUCUAGUUCCGGGACGGACGCACAGGAGGAUCACCACUGGUGUCCUUCCGCCGCUCUUCCAGGUUCCUGAGUUUCUGACGCCCGAAGAGUGUGCCUACCUCAUUGAUCUAGCUAAAAGACACGGCGUCGCCCCCGCCACCAUGACUGGGAAGAACGGGACAAUUAUCAAAAAGACAGGCGGACGCACACGGACUGGUUACACCUCCUUUAUCCGGGCAGACUCGGAUCCCGUAUUAUAUAACAUUCAACAGAGGAUAUCCAUGUUGACGGAGAUGCCGUUUGACCUUCUCGAAGAAAGUGAAUCGUUUCAGUUCGGUAUGUAUCCCACCGGAGGGCAUUACCAUUCUCACUACGACAGCUCGGACGGGCAACCCGAGGACCUCGAGAAGAAACCAUGUUGUCAUCAAAUACACCUUCCACAUACACCAAACCGUUGUGUACUCUGCAGGUAUAUAACGGUGCUGAUGUACUUAAAUGACGUCGUGAAGGGCGGGGAGACAGCGUUCCCGUUAGCAGACCAGCUCGGCCAGUCACUAUUGGAGGAACACAUUGAUCUCAGCGCUUAUUGCCAACAGUCGUCGGUCGUGGUGCGGCCGGAGAAGGGGAAGGCGAUCAUGUGGUACAACAACAUCCGGGACCCUGAGACGGGAUGGAUCGGCCCGGUCGAUCGGUAUGCUCUCCAUGGCGGAUGUGACGUCAUAGAGGGGCAAAAGUGGAUCUCGAAUGUCUGGAUCAGUGCUCCACAGCACAACCGGAAAUAUGACAACAGUGUAUAUGCUGUACGAUGGACAUGAUAAUCCCACCCAAGUUGACAUUGUAAGACUACUUCUCAGAGAUCUGUCAAGCGAAAUGUUGUCUCUCUCAAUCUCUUUGAACCAGUUCAGGUCGAAGCAAGUUGAUAAUGUGUUUAUCUUUAUACAACCUUAACAAAAACUAUUGAUCACGGCG